CAGAAGGCGCUCCGGCCGCGCCCCCGCCUCCCGCUCACGCUCGGCGCCGCGAGCCGCGCGUAACGAUAUUUGGAUCUGAACUGCAUUUUUGAAUUCAUCAUUACUUACAAUGUCACCAUCAGAUGGAAAUCCAGUUGGAUGCACUCCCCCAGAUGGAGGCUGGGGAUGGGCAGUGGUUGUUGGAGCUUUUUUUUCCAUUGGCUUCUCUUGUGCGUUUGGCAAAUCUAUUUCUGUAUUUUACAAAGAAAUUGAAGGAAUAUUUAAUGCCAGCACCAGCGAAGUGUCAUGGAUAUCUUCCAUCAUGUUUGCUGUCAUGUGUGGUGGAGUAUAAUGUUGAAGAAAAGUGGUGAUGGUCCUAUCAGCAGUAUCCUGGUGAAUAAAUAUGGCAGUCGUCCAGUCAUGAUUGUUGGCGGCUGCUUGUCAGGCUGUGGCUUGAUUGCAGCUUCUUUCUGUAACACUGUGCAGGAACUUUACUUGUGUAUUGGACUUGUUGGAGGUCUUGGGCUUGCCUUCAACUUGAAUCCAGCUUUGACCAUGAUUGGCAAGUAUUUCUAUAAGAGGCGACCCUUGGCAAAUGGACUGGCCAUGGCAGGCAGCCCUGUGCUCCUCUCUACCCUGGCCCCCCUCAAUCAGGUUCUCUUUGGUAUCUUUGGCUGGAGAGGAAGCUUCCUAAUUCUUGGGGGGAUUCUACUAAACUGCUGUGUGGCUGGAGCCCUGAUGCGGCCAAUAGGGCCCAAGCCAACCAAUGCAAAGAAAGAGAGGUCUAAAGAAUCCCUUCAGGAAGCCGGAAAACCUGAUGCACAAAAAGGGGCAGGUGAUGCAAAUACAGAAUUUAAUGGCAGAAACGCCAAAGAGGAGAAACAAUCAAUUUUUCAAACAGCUAACAAAUUUCUGGACUUAUCCCUCUUCACACACAGAGGCUUUGUACUGUACCUCUCUGGGAAUGUGGUAAUGGCUUUUGGGCUGACUACACCUUUAGUCUUUCUUAGUAAUUAUGGCAAGAGUCAGCAUUACUCUAGUGAGAAGUCCGCCUUCCUUCUUUCCAUUCUGGCUUUUGUCGACAUGGUAGCCAGACCUUCUAUGGGACUUGUAGCCAACACAAAGUGGAUAAGACCUCGAGUUCAGUAUUUCUUUGCUGCUUCUAUCGUUGCAAAUGGAGUGUGUCAUCUGCUAGCACCUUUGUCCUCCAGCUAUAUUGGGUUCUGUGUCUAUGCGGGAUUCCUUGGAUUUGCAUUUGGGUGGCUCAGCUCCGUAUUGUUUGAAACACUGAUGGACCUUGUUGGACCUCAGAGGUUCUCCAGCGCUGUGGGAUUGGUGACCAUUGUGGAAUGCUGUCCUGUCCUGCUGGGGCCACCACUUUUAGGUCGUCUCAAUGACAUAUAUGGAGACUACAAAUACACAUACUGGGCGUGUGGCAUAAUCCUAAUCGUUGCGGGCAUCUAUCUCUUCAUUGGCAUGGGCGUCAAUUAUCAUCUUCUGGCAAAAGAACAGGAAGCAGAGAAGAAGCAGAAAAAGGACAGUAAGGAGGAGAUGACCGGUGUAGAUGUUGCUGGGAAACCAAAAGAAGUUACCAAUGCAGCAGAAUCUCCAGAGCAGAAAGGCACAGAAGGUGACCCCAAAGAGGAGAUUCAUCCAGUCUGAAAUCACAGAUAAACAGAGGAGCUUCGGACCAAAGACACCUGAAAAAUCCUACUGAAGCACAUUCUACUAGUGGUGCUUACCACAGACAGCGGACAUUUCUGUGGAAGUCACACCAGCUGUUCACUGAGGAAAUUUUUAUUUCAUUCUUUUACAGCAGUCAUAAUAAAUAUGUCACAUCCUUUGGGGAAAGGGGAUUUGCCAAAGGUGACAGAAGGCAAAAGCUUUUAUUUGAAGUCAUAUUUAUUAAGGUGUACUUUACAUAUAGUACAAAUCCCUUUUAUAAGAGUAAAGUUUGAUGAAUUUUGACAGAGUAUUUAGUCAAAUAACUACCACCCCAAUAUGAACAUUUUGAAGAGCCAAAACACUUCUCUCUUGCCCCUUUGCAGUCAAUCCCCUUUCCUUACCUACAGCCUCUGGCAGCCGCUGAUCUGAUUUCUGUCCCCUAUAGUUUUACCUGUUCUAGAGUGGAAUAAAUGGAAUCACAUAGUAUGUAGCUGGCAUAAUGAGAAAUGUAUAUUUGGUCUUUGUCCCUAGUUUCUGGUACACAGCUCCUAAAAUCCUUGGAUUCUCUGGAAUGAUGAGUGUCCUUUGCAUGCUAAUUUGAUGACUGGUAGCUGGGAUCUCCUAGAAGGCGUCAGGAUAGGGGCUGGCCUCCAGAAAGAGCAAGGCAUGAGGAGACUUUCAGCCCCACCCUGUGACCUCUGGGGAGGAGGGAGGGGCUGGAAGUUGAGUUCAGUCACUAACAGCCCAUGAUUUAGUCAAUCAUGCCUACAUGAUGAAACCCCUAACUACAGGGUUCAGAGAGCUUCCUGGUUGGUGAAUACAUUGAAGUGCUGAGAGGGCAUGGAGGCUCCAUGUGACUCCUCCCCACCAUAUCUUGCCCUGUGUGUCCUAUGCAUCUCUUCCAUUUGCUGUUCCUGGGUUGUAUC